AUGUCUGAUCCCCAUUGCGACAAAACUCAUACAGAUGAUUCACAUCUUCCCAAGGGUGGUUGCAGAUUCAUUCUGCUAUAUCCUGAAUCGAAGCAGCUGCGAUGCGCGUGCGUCGGCUUUGCAUCCAACAGGUCCAUUCCAGGCAGUUUGUGCCAUUGCGGACACCAGGCAGUAUAUCACAAUUCAGACCCAGAAUCUUCUAGUAAAGAAGAAUUAGAUGCGUUGAAGUUGAGGAUUGGUACUCUCGAGGAGGAGCUAGAUCGAGAACGGCGUAUAGGGAAAGGUGGCUUGUUUGAUCGGCUUAUAAAAUUAGAAGAGCUUGUGGAAAAAGAGAACUUGGAACGCGAACUUGAGAUGCGAAAUAUUCAUCGUGGCAUCGGCGGUCUUUGGCAGAACGUUGGCCUCUUGAACAAGCGAAUACCACAUUACGAUGAUCGGAUCGAAGGAUUGGUGGAUGACGUACACAGAAUUCAUGCUAGGAUGAUCGAGUUGGACGAUGCGUCAAUGAAAGUAGAAGAUAGAGUAGACGCUCUUGAAAAUAUCUCGGCGCAAGCUCUCACGCCUUCAAAAAGGAGUCGACGAAGAAAAGCAUCAACGCCUCCUACUGCGAAGUUGCAGAUCGCAGUUGAGAACACGACAAAUUCUGGAGAAGGUGGUGCUAUAGGGGAUUUUGAAUUGCCUAUGAAUGGUUUUGCAUCAGGUCAGGAAUUCCCGGAAAGAGAUCUUUCGGGUGAUCGAUGUGAAACUUGUUCAUGGACUGUACAUGUCUCCCUUAUGCCCACAUCAUCUCAGCCUUUCCCCUUUGAAAAGGACACGGCGGCUUACAAAAGAUGUCUAUCCCGAGGCUUGCAUCAAAAGAUAGUUGUGUCCGACACGAAUAGUGAUUCUUUCAAGGAGGCCGUGAGUUCUGCUUUUGCGCCAGUCCUGCGAGGAAGGCCUUGGCAACCGCUAGUGGCCAAGAUCUGUGAUGUCAAAAAUCUAAGAGGCCUUCCUAUGCUUCGACAACUAGACGCACAGUUAGCCUUCGGCGAUUAUGAUGUUAACUUCUUGAAGAAGCACUGCGCUGUCCUUGACGGGUUUGGUAAAAUUGAAGACUUGUAUAUUGCUAUGACCAAAGAUACAAUAACCUGGGUCGAAAUGCGCGAGCUAGAGCAAUUUCUUCCGGGUUUGGAGUCUGCAUGGUCCCAUAGUACGUACCUAGAUGGAGCCCGGGUAGAUAUACCACUUCAAGCAAUGAAGGAUGAAUCUAGUGAAGCCACAGCCUCCAAACAAAAUUCGGCAGAUGAUAUAUUGCUAUCAUUACCAGCCGCUGAAAACUCGCCAUCAAGCAUAAUGCUAAAGAGACAUGCGUCAAGGAUAUCUAGAACGCCAAGUUUCGACUCAUCAAUUGAAGGAGAAAAGCCUAGAACAAAAUUGAGGCAACUCUACAAUGGUGCAGGGGUGGAUAUAGGCAGAUGUGCUAAAAUUGUUUGA